CGCCGGGCGAAAGAAGUUGGCUGGGAGUGUCCACCCACCCUCCACCAGUAUGGCCACGUCCUCCCAGUACCGCCAGCUGCUGAGUGACUAUGGGCCACCAUCUCUUGGCUACACCCAGGGGACCGGGAACAGCCAGGUGCCCCAAAGCAAGUAUGCUGAACUGCUGGCCAUCAUCGAAGAGUUGGGGAAGGAGAUCAGACCCACAUACGCAGGGAGCAAGAGCGCGAUGGAGAGGCUAAAACGAGGCAUCAUUCACGCCAGAGGGCUGGUUCGAGAGUGCUUGGCUGAGACAGAACGGAAUGCCAGGUCCUAGUUGCCUCCUUCGCCUGGAAGGUUUUCCAUCUUCUUCCAAGACAGGAAGUUACAGUUCAUCUCCCCUGUUCAGAAGAAACUCUUGUUUUCAAAAUGGUUACAGUUUGGUUUUUCCUCCUGCGCCUCUCUCAUGACUCAUUAGGCUCUGAACCUACAGUGUCUAAGAUUGAGAAAAGAUUUUGGCAGUGGAUUAGGGUUCACAUUUUAAAUAGUUAGCAACACCCAGGCUGGUUUUUUUUUUUUUUUUUUUUUUUUUAAAGCAUUGAUUCUCAAGAUGCACGUCAGGGUUACCUGUCAGGGUUACCUGUCUCACCUUGGACUGGCUGCUCCUGGCACCAGGCCAGGUCAUCCCCUUCCGUUACCCAGAGGGUCUUUUGUUCCCUUUCAUAAGCUAAUCCAGCUGACAAGGGUGUUGAGUGCCCUCCACAGUACCUUCCUUAGGAGCCUGUCCCUUCUGUCAUACAGCGUCCCUUUUGUCAUACAGCGUAGAUUCUGCUUCAUGUAACUUCUUUUUUGCUUAAGCAUUUGCAUGACUAUUAGUACUUUGAGGUCAACUUAAAAAAUGCACAAGUUAUAAAUACAGAAGAAAGAGCAACUACCAAACUACCAUGCCUGACCCCAAGACGUUCCCACUGAGACUGGAUGCAGGUUCCAGCUCUGCCUUUCUGGAAGUUGGUGCACACAUCUGGAAGAAAAUGACUAAAAUUGUUUGCAUCUUUGUAUGUAUUUAUUACUUGAUGUAAUAAAGCUUAUUUUCAUUAACAAUUUGUAUGAGGAUGUGGGC